AUGCAUCACAGUUCACCGAAAAGUGAAAGAAUUGAAAAUAAAUAACUUAUUCGUGGAUUUUCUGUCUAAACAUGGGCAGUAAAAUUUGCUAAAUAUCAAGCCUGAUGUAAACGUGAUGAUAUAAUUCAUUUACAUUCCUCAAAACUGAAGAAAUACUAACCAACACAAUCAGUUGGAGUGCGUUCAUUUUCGAUGAUUCCUUUGGAGAUUUUUAUGUAAGUUUAUUGAUUUUCUGAAUAAAUUUAUCUGAAUCUUGAAGUCAGUCAAGUAACUGAAAAUGGUUUACGCCAUAAACAACGAAGCAGUUAAAGUAUCGGUUAUACAAUCGGCCGUGGCGGGCGGCGCGUCAGGCGCAAUCACGAGGGCCAUAGCACAACCUCUAGAUGUUCUUAAGAUAAGAUUUCAACUGCAGCUGGAACCUAUAAAGCACGGAUCAAAUUCCAAGUACAACUCGGUCGUUCAAGCUGUGUCAUCUAUCGUCAAAGAGGAAGGUCUGUACGCGCUAUGGAGUGGUCACGUUCCCGCCCAGUUUCUAUCAAUAUCGUUUGGCGUCGUCCAGUUCGCGAUAUUCGAAAAACUCAGCCAAGUAUGUCAAAGAUCUGAUCCCCAGUUUUUUAUGAACAAUAGACACUGGAUUAACUUUACAAAUGGUGGUGUAGCUGCUACAAUUGCAACAGUUGCAUCAUUUCCCUUUGAUACUGUUCGGACCCGACUGAUAGCAGAACAGAAGACUAAAAGAGCUUACAAGGGAUUUGUAGAUGCCUUCUCCACAAUGGUGAAGACUGAAGGUGUUGGUGCAUUAUACAAAGGACUUGUGCCUACCUUGGGACAGAUAGCCCCCCAUGCAGGGAUCCAGUUUGCUGUGUACAAACUCUUAACAGACAAUAUUUUGAAUCAGAUUGAAUUUUUCCAAAGACAAGUGAAUGUUAGUUCUGCAGUGGAAUCUUCUCUCAUAGCUAAUUUGAUAUCUGGAUCUAUAGCAGGUUUUGUUGCUAAGACUUUAAUUUAUCCCUUUGAUUUAGUAAAGAAACGGAUGCAAAUUCAAGGUUUCCAGGAACACAGGAAGGGUUUUGGCAGGCAAAUGUAUUGUAGAGGCUUCUUGGAUUGUAUAAAGUUAACCAUACUUGAAGAAGGGUUUCUGGCUUUAUACAAAGGGUAUUUACCAAGUACAUAUAAAGCUGUUUUAGUAUCAGCCCUGCAUUUUGCUGUUUAUGAUGAGGUGAAACAUUUUCUAAUGAGAAUACAAAGAUGAUUUAGAUAAUUGUUUAAAUGCUAUUGUUAUAAUGAUUAGAAUUUAUAUCUUUUCAUCAAUGUGAUGUGUAGAAGAAGAUUAAUUAAUAUGUAGUAGAAUACAUUUUUGGCUAAUUAAAUUAUAUUGAUUAGACCUCAUUUUGAAAUCUCUUAGUGCUUUUUUGUAUGUUCUAUUUAUUUUUUCAUUUAAAUUAUCCACAUUGCCAAGAGUGGUUCCACAGGCAGGCUUCUCAAAUAAGACUAGAAUGUAAGAUUAAUUUGGUAUUUUUUAUUUAUGUUUGUUUAAUUAUUUAUUUAAAUGUUUGUUUCUAGUCAUAUUGUAGAAUAUCCCAAUAUUGUGAUAAACUUUGCUAUAUUUAUACAUUAUGAGCCUAUAUGAAAAGAAUACAAAUAGAA